CAGCCUGUGUUGGGCUGUCAGACCGACUGUGUUGUAACUCCAGCAAGGGAAAAUUGCUCUCUGAGGUUUGCUCAAGAGUUUUGAAGGAUCUAACUGAAGAAAUAACUGAAAUGGAAACUCAAAUCUAGACGGAAAUAGGAAAGAGGUUCCUGGAAAAGGGUUGGCCUUGUGGGAAUUCAUUACUAACCAGGAUCUAAAAUGCCAAAGCACCUCUCUUCUGCUUCUUUGACACUAUAAAGUCUUUUGUUUUCAUUUUGACUUUUACAGAAUUGCAGGUAUCACAGAGAAGAAUCAUCUUCAUUAGCCCAAUGAUCAUCAAGGACAUGAACUCUCCUGUUUUAACCUAAAUGGAUGAGGAGGUCAACAGCCCAUAAGGGGAACUCCUUUGGUGUUCAGCAUGGCAGCAAGUGGUGGUGAAAGCCAGUUGCAGCGGAUUAUCAGGGACUUGCAAGAUGCUGUGACUGAAUUAAGCAAAGAAUUUAAAGAAGGAGGGGAACCAAUCACAGAUGACAGUGUCAACUUGCAAAAAUUCUCCUACAAGCUCGAGUACCUUCUACAGUUUGACCAGAAAGAAAAGAACUCGUUGCUGGGGAACAGAAAAGACUACUGGGAUUAUUUCUGUGACUGUCUAGCAAAAGUCAAGGGAGCUAAUGAUGGAAUCCGCUUUGUCAAGUCUAUUACAGAACUACGAACAUCUCUUGGAAAAGGAAGAGCAUUUCUUCGUUACUCCCUGGUGCACCAGAGGCUAGCAGACACCUUGCAGCAGUGUUUUAUGAACACCAAGGUGACCAGUGACUGGUACUACGCAAGAAGUCCAUUUCUCAAUUCCAGGAUGAGUUCUGACAUUGUGGGUCAUCUCUAUGAGCUGACUGACGUUCAGUUUGACUUGGCAUCAAGAGGCUAUGAUUUAGAUGCUGCCUGGCCAGCAUUUGCCAGGAGGACACUGUCCUCACUUGGAUCUUCUGCAUAUUUAUGGAAGCCCCCAAGUCGCAGUUCCAGCAUGAGCAGUUUAGUGAGCAGUUAUUUGCAGGCCCAGGAGUUCCCCUCCAGCCCUGAUGCAAAUAACUCACUAAAUGUUGAACACCUUGAGGGCUUUGAAGAGAUGCGUGUAGAACUUGACCAGGCUGAGUUGAGGCAGAGGGAACUUCAAGAUCGUAUUCACCAGCUAGAAAUGGAAAAUCAGGAGCUCCAGGCAGCUGUCAGCCUUCAGAAGGAGCAAGUACAGGCAGAAAAGGAGAAGAGCAAUAACUACAAUGAGGAGAACUCCCGGCUGACAAAGAUGAUCACAGAGUUACAGAAACAGUGUGAGGUCUCACACUCCACUCAGAGCACUGUUCAUGACCUGCAGAGGUGCCUGCAGUCACUAGAGCUGAAUGCAGUGGAGCAGCAGAAGGAAUAUUCAACAAAACUCGAGCAGCUCAUGGCCAGCAAGGAAGACUAUGCCUCAAAACUGCAGGUGUUAAAUCAGGAGCUGGAGGCCUCUAAGGCUUUGGUUGCUAUGAAGGAUCAUUGCAUUGAUGAGCUCAAAGCCAAGCUGAGUUCCACAGAACAGAAGAACCUCAAUCUCCUUGCAAAAGUUGAUGCUGCCUUGGAGGAAAGGGGACAGCAAGCCACAGCCCACUGUGAUGCUGCCCUACAGGUACAUGCACUGUUAGAGAAGCUUCAGGAAUCGGAAAAGGAAAAGGCAGGCAUGCAAAGACUCAAUAAUGAGCAAGCGUCUCAGCUGAAAGCAGUGAGGGAGGAGCUGCAGCUGAAAGAAGAGGCACAGAAGGAGCUGGAAUCUAGAUACAAUCACCUCACUGCUGACUCCAAAGAAGAGGAUGAAAAGCUGCUUGGGAGGCUGGAAUCCAUGGCAAAGGAAAUGGAAGCACUUCAGAAGGCCCUAACCCUGAAAGAAAAGGAAGUGUCUGAGCUCCAGACCCAGGUAAUGGGGUCGCUGGCUCAGGUGGGGUCACUGGAAAAAAGUCUUGAGGAAGCAAGGAAAGAAAAAGAGAAACUUGAGGAGGAAUAUGGUAGGAAGGAAGGAACACUGAAACAGGAAGCCCAGUCACAAGCAGAGCAACUUCAACUGCAGGAGGGUCGCUUAGCAAAGGUGAGUCAGUCUGUGUAUAGCCUUGAGGAGCAAAACCGGAAUCUCUUGUCUGAGAAGGAGCAUCUCAGCCAGAAAGUCAAGGAGCUGGAGGAGCAGAUGGAGCAGCAAAACUCUGCAGUGAGUGAAAUGGGUGAGGAGGGCAGGAAGCUGAAAGCAGAGAAUGUGGAUUUGCAGCAGUCCAAGAAGAAGAUGGAAGGGAAGCUGAAAAAUCUGGAAGCUUCUAAAGCCUCCCUGGAAGCUGAGGUAGCCAGGCUGAGAGCCUCUGAGAAACAGCUUCAGAGUGAGAUAGAUGAUGCCCUGGUGUCAGUUGAUGAAAAAGAGAAGAGGCUCCGGAGUGAGAACAAACAGCUGGAUGAAGACUUGCAGAAUGCCAGGAGGCAAAGCCAAAUCCUGGAGGAGAAAUUAGAGGCUCUGCACUCAGACUAUGAAGAACUAAAGCAAAGAGAAGAGACCAUGAAGGAGUCUUACGCCUCACUUGAAGGACAGCUGAAGAGUGCCAAACAGCACAGUUUACAGAUGGAAAAAAGCUUAGGCACUUUGGAAGAAAGCAAAGAGUGUCUCCAGACACAGCUCUUGGAGAAGGAACUAAAACUGCAAGACAUGGAGAGCCAGUGUGAGCAGCUAAGAGCAGAAGCUGAAAGACAUAAGAAGAAGUCAGAGGCUCUUGAGGUAGAAAAGCUCAGUGUUGAAAAGACAUGCCUUCAUCAGACAAAGCUUAUAGAAUCCCUCACAUCAGAAAAGGAAUCCGUGGAAGAACAUCAGCUACAGCAGGCAGCUUCUCUGGAGAAGGAGGCAAAAGAGCUGACCUCCAGACUGGCCAUGAGUGAAGAGCAGCUGGAGGUCAGCCGUGGUGAAGUGUCUAGACUGCAAGCAGAGGUCCUUGACCUGCGAGUCAAGCUUCAGCAGGCUGCUGAUGAGAGAGAGCAGAUGAGAGGUGAGCUGGCAGUCACAGAAGCUUCCUUGGGAGAGCAGAAGGUGCUUGUCCAGCAGCUUAAAGAGCAGAGUGAGUCACUCAACAGAAAUCAUGUGCAAGAACUGGUGCAAUGUGAAGAAAGAGAAGAAGUGCUGAAAAAAGAGCAUGAGACAGCAGCCCACCAAAAAGCUCAGCUAGAAAAUGAUUUGCUGAGCAUGAAGGAAGAGCUAUGCAAGGUUAAGCAGUGCCUGGAAGUUGCUAGAAUGGAAAAUGAAGAAAACAAAGAUCUCCUCCACAGGACCAACACAGAUAUGGCUGAACUUGGUAUUCAGAUUUGUGCCUUGACCUCUGAAAAGGUGGAUGCAGAAGAGCAGUUAGCCCAGGCUACAAAAAGCCUCAAAGAACUGGAAGAACAGGCAGCCAAGCAACAGGAGAAGCUGAAGCUUGAUAUCUCUAAUCUCAGACAGGAGAACAAGAGCCUUCAAGAGAAAUUAGAGGAGGCUCAAGUAUGUGCCUCAGCUGUCCCAAGUCUGCAAUUGCAGCUGGAGGCAGCAACGAAACGGGUACAGAGUUUCCAAGAGACCAGCCAAGAAGAGCUGUCUGCAAUAAAAUUUCAAAUGAGCACAGAGAUUCUAAAUUGUCAGACAAAAUUCAAGGCUACAAACACAAGUUUGUCUAGAAAGCUGGAUGAAGCAAGAGAGCUGCUGUCUGAAUCAGAAUCUGCUCGGCUGCAGAAAGAAGAGGAGGUGUCAUCUCUGAGAGAACUCUUGGAAAGGAUGCAAAAAGAAGCUGAGGAAGCAAAAGAGAAGGUCCUGGAUUACAGUGAGAAGCUCAGCAAGGUGGCAGCAGACAAAGACAGAAGUGACCAGAAGUUGUUUGCUGAACUGGAUGAUCUGACAAGAACAAAACAGUUCCUUGAAGAGCGUUUGAUAGAACUUAUCAGAGAUAAAGAUGCUCUGUGGCAAAAAUCAGAUGCUCUGGAGUUCCAGCAGAAGCUUAGUGCAGAGCAAAGGUGGCAGGGGGACACAGAGGUUAACCACUGCCUGGACUGCCAGAAAGAGUUCUCAUGGAUGGUGCGCCGACACCACUGCAGAAUGUGCGGUCGCAUUUUCUGCUACUACUGCUGCAACAACUACAUGGUGACAAAGCCUGGUGGAAAGAAGGAGCGUUGCUGCAGAGCUUGCUUUAAUAAGCCUAGAGUUAUUGUGGACAGUACAGAUGACUCUGGAUCCAGUGCCAACCAGGAAGGAUCACCAGCUUCACUGGAAUCACCCGUGUCACCAUCCGAGGGGGCUUUUGGUGAAGCCUCGAAACCACCAGAUGAUGCAGCAUUUGAUAUAAUCACUGAUGAGGAGCUGUGCCAAGUACAGGAAUCGGACUCUCUCCACAGUGAAAGUCAGAUGGAGCAAGAUUCUCUGGAUCAAAGCGUGACAGAUCUAAACAGCACGUGCAAUUCUUCAACCUUUGAUGAAUCGGAAGAGUGGCAAGUUGCUCAAGAUGCUGAGAUAUGCUUGUUGAAGUCAGGAGAAAUCAUGGUCAGAUUACCCCUUACAGUGGAAGAGAUCUUAAAUUUUGGGGAAAGCAACAAAGAGCUGUUCAUUAAGUCCAGCACCUACAGUAUCAUUCCCAUCACUGUUACAGAGACAGGGCUAACAAUCAGCUGGAUCUUUUCAUCAGACCCUAAAAGCAUAUCCUUCAGCGUUGUCUACCAAGAAUCAGAGGACACACCGCUGGAGCAGUGCAAAGUUCUUAUUCCUAUGACCCGCUGCAACUCUCAUAAGGAAACUAUUAGAGGACAGGUGAAAGUCAGAAACUCUGGAAUCUACACACUGAUAUUUGACAACACAUUCUCUAGGUUUAUCUCAAAGAGAGUGUUCUAUCACUUGGCUGUCGAGCGACCUGUCAUCUAUGAUGGAAGUGAUCUUCCAUAGCCUUGACUUAUACUGUGUUAUUUUAAAUUAAUUUUUUAAGAAAUGAUCUUAUUUAUGUACACAGAAGCAUUAUGAUUACCACUGUAUUUGAAGACUUUGAAACUAUGCAAUAGUUAUAAUGCACUUAGAGAAUGUGUAUACACUAAAAAUGGAAGCCUUUUUAGGAACACUAAUGGUUCUGUACUGUGUACAGAUUGCUGAAAAGCCAUGUUCUUUGAUUUAACAGGUCGAGAAUCAGUUUCAGUGCAGAGAAAAAUAAGUGUGGGGGAGUGUUAAUGCAAAGUGAAAUUUUGAUUCCUUCCAAAAAUCUCCUUCAAAAGGAAAUUUAAGAAAAAAAGAAGUGUAUUUUUGUUGACCUCUUCACUGAGGAGUAAAUAUAACCACUUAUGUUCUGCUCUGCUGCUCCUGCAGUCAGAACAGCAAGUAUGCAAUGCUUCAAUCUUCACAGGCAUAUAGAGUAAUCCAUCUGGAAGAUUUUAUCUUUUCCAGAGUUUAUAAACAGCAAACAUAGGGGAUUCUUACAUUUUGGGAUAAGAUUUGGUAAGUCUUACCUGGCUUUUAAAAAUGCUGUGGUACUGAAUGCCAGUUACAAAACAACACAACAGGAAGCAGCAACUCCUUUCACUUUUUCUCACCAGUGUCUGUAAGCUGGUGCACUGAAACCAGUGCUUAUGGUGAGUACCAGCAGCAGAAUCAGGAGUGUCAUUUGUAGAAUGAAGCACUGCUCACUGUGGUAUUAGGAAAGGGAGCAUUCCCUUUUCCUGCUUUAGCACCUUAGUCAUCAGCAUUCACAGGGAAGCACAGUUUCUGAGGGGGUCAGCAGUGUCUCUCUCUCUCAGUCUGGAACACGUGGAACGUAGCAAUAAUGUCUGAAUCAGUCUCAAAACAUCCAUCUAAAUCCAAAUGCAUAUCCAGCCCCAUGAGCUCUUCACCCAGUGCUGGUGUAUUCUGUCCCUUCCUACCCCUUGCACUUGCCCUAGCCAGCUGCUAAGUUUGUCUCAGAUUUGGGGAUAAAGCUGGCUCUCAGUCCUGCCCUUUAGGGCAGGCUGGGUUCUCAUUUAUACAACAUUUCCAUGCAAACCAUCUGCUGUCUAUACAGAAUUUCAACUUUUUUCAAGAUAUCUAAAAUGAGGGUUUUUUCUCUUUAAAAAUCCUGUCUUCUAAUGGAAAGGCAAAACAUUUGACAGGAGAAAGAAGAAAAGCUCUUUCUCCUGACCAGCCCUCCUCAUCAUUUUAGGUGUGUUUGAUUUCUUAUGAUGUUGUUCUCCCAGGGAAACCUCAAACCUGGAAGGUUUUAGCACAGCAUUUAGUAGAAGGCCAACACAGCCUGCCAGGAGCCCUGUAGACUCUUGGUGGCUGGUAUACAAGGGGUCAUGGUGGGAGACAGCAAAUAAACCAUGAGGGGAAAGAACAGCACAAGCUGAAGCAUAUGAUUUAGGGGAGGGGAAAGGGGCAAAUCUUGUUAAGUGCAAAAACAAGGGAAGGGAUUUGGAGGGAUCAGCUCGACUAGGGAAGGUAGCCAGGAGAGUCCAGCUGGUGUUUUGUGUUGCAGGUCUGAUCCAUUACCUGUAGGGAUCUCCUACACCAAAAGGCUGGUUGUUUAAAAGGCGGAGUUCACAGGGUAAGUGUUGGAGAUUCAGUGGUUGGACUUGAUGAUCCUAAAGGUCUUUUCCAACCAAGUCGAUUCUGUGAUUCUAUUUACAUAGCAGCAGCCAAGGUAGAGGGAAAUUCUGAUUAUAGGAAAGGAAAGAAUACUGCAGGUGAAGCUGAAGGUUGCUGAUCAUUCAUUCCAGUUGGUAACAAUGCAUAAAUCCAGUGAUGUUGGAAAACACAGUGAAAGGAUGGCUCCGUUUCCUGGAGCACCUAGAUUUAGGUGUCUGCUUCAUCCAGCUCAUCAAUAGCCUUCCCUUCAGAUGCCUCUUCCCAGAAUUGGUGGCGUGCUCCCAGCCUCCACCAGGCACCAGUAGAAGGUGCAAACUGGUUUACUCCCCUCCUGAGGGCACAGGCUGCAAUGCAGUUGAACCCUGACCUGGCUGUAUGCAUGGCAGUGAGAUGGACAAGAGACUGAAGUGGGCAAUAAACAGGCAAUAACGGGCACACAGAUCGGUUGGUGAGUUAUGGCAGAUUUCAGUGUUGAAGCUAUGUUUUAUAUUUAAUCAGACAAGAAAAGAUUAUUUAUUGCUUAAAAAUGUGUACCAUAUGCUCUGCAGCUUCACUGAGCUGCUCCUCAAGUUUUCCUUUAAGCUUUCAGGUGUGUUUUUUUAAAAGCAUUUUGCUGUUGGUUUAGCUAGAAUACUAAUCUUACUAGGAUAUCUUUCUUAAAAUGCCAAAUGUAAGGUAAAGGGACACUGUCAAGUAUCUUAGGCCAAAACAGGACAUACAUCUCUGCUCAGAAGUAUUUGAGAUGUCUCCAUUCAAAGUUCUUUGACAGAUUUGCCUCUUGAUUUCCUCUCUGCAUCCCAGUUCUUAACAUUUUUCAUCCUCUGGCAAGUAUUUUUAAUUGUUUUAAGUAUAUUUUAAGUAUUAUUAAGUAUUUUAAAGGUUAUUAGCUCUUCAAGUAGUUGCCUCCAUCUAGUAAGGCAGGUGUUUCCCUGCAAGCCUUCCAUGUAAUCAGUCCUGAGGCUGGCUGAAGCAGUGAGGAGGGGAACAAAAACACUGGAUUGGUUUUAGUUAGCAUUUGUGUCGUUAGGGUACCUUUUCUUCAGGUUUUCCUGCCCCAUGAGAGUAGUUUUAUGGGGCUUUACUGCUCUCUGAAAGCGGACACUAAGAGAAGGAGCCAGAACCUGUACUUUAAAGAUGAGAAGUUUGCUUUUAACCAAGGAGAGUAUUUAAGAGGGAGAAAAAAGAUUAAAUACACUGGCUGGUAACGUACCACAAGUGGGCUGGAGUGCAACUGCUCCAAGCAACUAUUCAAGAACAGGAAUCUCAUCCUGUCAGUUGGAAGAAGGAACCUUUUCCACCUCAGGGGAUGUGCAGAGCAAACAGUCAAGCCCUUUUAAAACUGAUGAUGAAAUGAGUUGAAGGGGAUGUCGCAUUCAUGUGACAAAGAGGUCAGCAGAAGCAAUUGAGGUUUUUCCUGGGUGCUGGAGCAAUGGUGGAUAGUAUUUGUUGUUAUGCAGAGGUUUAUGUGAAGGAAAGAAUGCAGUUGCUAUAAGAAAUGACAGUGUUCCUUUACUCAGCGUUACUCCAUGUUGCUUUAUGACAAACCACAGAGGUGUAUUGCACCAGAGUGCACCGUGUUACAAGACAGCAAAGCUACAAAAGCCUGUCUUUGCUCCUUACUGAAAAUGAAAAUUGCACUAUAGUUUUAGCUGUGCUCAGUCACUGAGAUUGUAACUUGUUCAGAAGCAUCUUUUGGUCUUAACUGCCAAAGAAUUGCAAACCCUUUUCACAUCAAACUUCAUGCUUCAGAUAGGGGAAAGAGGGAUUUACGUGUCCCAGCGUCUGUACAGUUACAGAGAUGUAGACGGUUGUGUACUGGGAUGUUUCUUGAUGCUUUUUUCCUCCUUUUUUAACCUCAGGAAUUAAAUAAAACUCUCUAUCACUGAGAA